AUGACCACCAAUGCUCCGGAGGACGAAGUAUGCCAGUCUGUGCUGGACUUUGUCGCAGACGGCGCUUAUCCAGAAUCCGAAAAAGUCGUGGGGUCUGAGUUUCCUGCUUUAGCUCUCUCGAAGGAAUUGGAAUUAAUAUCCAAGGCCCGCGAGCAGGUCGAGGCCGAAAUAAGCACGCUGAGUCGUGAAAAUGACUUCGACGCCGACAGUUGGAUAUCGCAAGCAAAACAGCUACACGCGGACAUCGAACGGUCGAGGCAUACUGCGCGGGAGAUUGUUUCUAUGCACGAGAGUACGAGACCAUUGGAGUUGAAGGUCGUGGAUGCCGCCGCCAAGGUGAAUCUGAUACAGACGGAAAUCACAUUCAACGAGGCCGUGACAAUAACUCUGGAGGAGGUGGAGAGGCUCUGUCAGCAGCUCGAGGCUGGGCAGGCGAGUCUGCACGAGGGCGGGAUAAUGGAGGCUAUUGACAUUCUGGAGGCAACUGAAGCGGAUGUCAAUGCGGAAAGUCUCUUUGCGGAUACGAACGUGAAGAGCAUUUUGUCGGAGAAUGUUACUGGGUUGAGGCAGGAGAUUGCGGGUUUCCUUAUUGCGCGGUGGAAUGACCUGUUAUCGAUUGAUAGGGAGCAGCACAAGCUGCUCGUUGCAGGAGAUGGGUAUAGGGUUAUGCUGGAGGAGACUAUUGCAGCGUUGUCUCGGCUGGAUAUGCUGGACGCAGCCAACGACAAGCUCCAGAAAGACCUCCUUUCGGCAUUAAUCAACCCAAUCUUGCUACCUAGCGUGCCUCUUCAAAGUCGUGGCGUUCGCGUUGAUGUUUCUGGAAUUACAGUCGAAACCGAGCCAAGUACAGCCACUGUUUCUGAAGUGCUGGGUCGCAUCGCCCAGGUCCUGGGUUAUCUCCAACAAAACCUACCGACAUCCAUUUUGACCCCGUUCUCCAAUUACUUUAUCCCUAACCUCUCUUCUAAAGUCAUUUCAUCCUGGCUAUCAUCUGCGAUACCUACAGAACUCUCAGGGCUAGGUGAAUUCGAGAAUACGCUGGAUCACGUUCUCAAAUUCACCAAGUCUAUAGAGACCUUGGGCUGGCACGGCCAUGAAGAGCUUGUUUCUUGGGUAAACCAAGCCCCUCGUCUUUGGCUUACUACGAGACGGGUCGACUCUCUAGACCAAAUUCGCAGAGUCCUUACUGCCGCUCGCGGUGCAACCAAGCAAGUGGAACGAGUUGAGAAACAGCAAGUAUCCCAAGCGGACGAAGUCCUCUUGGAGAAUGGACCUUCUGAUGACUGGGACGCCGGAUGGGACGAUGACAACGAGGAAGAAACCAACGAAAAACAUGUGGCACAGCCGGAAGAAGAAGAUGUCAGUGCUUGGGGUCUCGAUGAUGACAAGGAUGACGUUCCAGAGACCAAGCCGGACGCCGCCGCACCCGCGGCACAUGAUGAGGACGAUGCUGGAGAUGCUUGGGGUUGGGACGAUGAGGAUGAUGAGACUUCUCAAGAUAAGCCCUCGCAACCUCCUGCGGCUGCCGCCACGAAGCCCGCCAACGGCAAUGAUUCAUCUGGUCAUAACGCCUCGAGAGAGGUCACGCUGAGAGAGACGUACAUGGUGACGGAUAUUCCUGAUUCUAUUGUGGAUGUCGUGCUGCAACAGAUCACGGACUCGCAAACCAUAUCACAGCCUACACACCAUAAUUCGCGUGUUGUCUCGUCAGGAGCAGCACUUCUUGCACUUCCCACCUUGAUCCUCGCCAUGUUCAAGGCCACGGCGUCGUCGUUUUAUGGGUUUAAACUCAACGCAGGUCAAAUGUACUUGUACAACGACAGCAUGUAUCUCGCGGAACGAAUUCGCAACAUCGUCGAGGAGUAUCAACUCUCAAGAUUGACCACUGAUAUCGACGCGCUUGAGAAGUUCGGCAAGGCUGCCUACAGCAAGGAGAUGCAGACCCAGCGCACUAUUGUUACGGAUCUGCUUGAUGGUACUCAGGGAUUCGGCCAGUGCUCGGAACAGCCAUUCCUGGGCGAGUGUGAAAAUGCAAUUAGCGCAACGGUUGACAGGAUCCGCGACGUUUACACGGAGUGGAAGCCGAUAUUGUCACACUCGGCGCUUCUCCAGUCAAUCGGAUCUCUAGUGUCGACUGUGAUCAACAAGAUCAUCAUCGACAUUGAAGACCUGGGUGAUAUCUCCGAACCGCAGUCACAGCGCCUCGUCUCGUUCUGCAACCAAGUUUCUCAACUGGAAGAUAUCUUCAUCCCAGAAACCACAGAUGGCACGGAAACUGUUCCUAUGACGGCCGUCUACGUUCGGAAUUGGCUCCGUUUCCAGUACCUGAUUAACCUCCUAGAGAGCUCUCUUGCUGAUAUCAAGUUCCUCUGGCUUGAGGGCGAGCUGCGCUUGGAGUUCUCGCCUGAUGAGGUGGUUGAUCUGAUCAAGGCGCUUUUCGCUGAGUCUGAUUAUCGGCGGAAGGCGAUUGCGGAGAUUAGACAGAACUCUUAA